AGUUCUUGCCCCCCACACCCACCCGGCGGCUUGUAAGCCGCUCCUCAAGAGAUUGCAGCGGGCUGAGGAGCAGACCUGCCCGCUACUGUUUCCAGCUUCCACCUGAGGGUCCGAGGCCCCGCGGCGCACGUGCAGUGCAUACCUCCACCCCCUUGGAAGGCGGGGUCGUGUUCAGAGCCAAUGAGAGAUUGCGGGGUGGAGGGGUAGGGAAACUUCCAGAGGCCGAUUGGGGAGGAAGUUAUAAAGGAGGUACGAGGGAGCCCGCGAGAGACCAUGCAGUCCAAACGGGAGUGUGAGUUGUGGUGCGAGAGGGUGAAUCCAGAGAACAAGGCGGCGCUGGAAGCGUGGGUGAGGGAAACUGGCAUCCGCCUGGUGCAGGUGAACGGGCAGAGGAAGUAUGGCGGGCCACCCCCAGGCUGGGUGGGGAGUCCGCCGCCAGCCGGGUCCGAGGUGUUCAUUGGGCGGCUGCCCCAGGACGUGUACGAGCACCAGCUGAUCCCACUGUUCCAGCGCGUGGGCCGCCUCUACGAGUUCCGCCUGAUGAUGACCUUCAGCGGCCUGAACCGCGGCUUUGCCUAUGCCCGCUACAGCUCGCGGCGCGGCGCGCAGGCAGCCAUCGCCACGCUGCACAAUCACCCGCUGCGGCCUUCCUGUCCGCUUCUAGUGUGCCGAAGCACGGAGAAGUGCGAGCUGAGCGUGGACGGACUGCCGCCGAGUCUGAGCCGUCGCGCGCUGCUGCUUGCGCUGCAGCCGCUGGGUCCCGGCCUGCAGGAGGCGCGGUUGCUACCCAGCCCCGGGCCGGCGCCCGCGCAAAUCGCGCUGCUCAAGUUUAGCUCGCAUCGCGCGGCUGCCAUGGCCAAAAAGGCCCUGGUGGAAGGCCAGUCACACCUCUGUGGAGAGCAAGUGACUGUGGAGUGGCUCAAGCCUGACCUGAAGCAGCGACUCCGCCAGCAGCUUAUGGGUCCCACUCUGAAAGGUCUACAGCCAGAGGGCAGCCGGUUGGCCCUGACCGGGGACAAGAUAGGGUUUCAAGGGGCUCGGGCUGCCCUGCAGUUGUUGUGCCAACAAAUGAAGCUGGGCAGCCCAGUGUUUCUCACCAAGUGUUUGGGCACAGGACCUGCUGGCUGGCAUCGCUUCUGGUACCAAGUGGUGAUCCCUGGGCAUCCAGUGCCCUUCAGUGGCCUCAUCUGGGUUGUGCUUGCCCCAGAUGAGCAGGAUGGGCAUGAGGCAGCUAAGGAUGCUGUGUCUGUGCGGCUACUGGAGGUACUGAGUGAGUCUGGGGCCAGCCUCUUGUGGUCGUCUGGGGCUGAGGCAGGUGCUAUUGUUAAGCAGUGA